AUGGGAUUUAAAAAGUAUUCUGAACUUAUCUCGCAUCUUCUUAUAGCCGAGCAACAUAAUGGGCUAUUAAUGAAAAACCAUGAAAGCCGACCUACUGCUUCUUGUCCAUUCCUUGAAGUGAAUGAGAUGAACUUCCACCAAGCUAGACGUGGAAGAGGUCGUGGCCCCAGUCGUGGUUAUGGCCGUGGUCGGGGAAGAAACUCUAAUCAUGGUAAUAAUAAUGCACCAAAGAACCCUCCUCGCCACCAACAGUGGAAAAGGAAGGAACAAAAGCAUGAAGCGGUGCAAGCACCAAAUGCAGAAAAUGCAUGCUAUAGAUGUGAAGGAAAAUGGCACUGGUCACAUACCUGCCGUACGCCAAAGCACCUGGUUGAGCUUUAUCAAGCCUCCCUGAAGAAGACAGAGAAAAAUGCCGAAGCAAAUUUUAUUUCUGAAGAUAAUUUAGACUUCAUGCAUUUGGAUGUAGCUGAUUAUUUUGCACUCCCAGAAGGAGAAACAAGUCAUGUAAUCGGUGGUGAAUCUGUAGAAAUGUAA